GGUUAAUGAUUACAACAAAUUCUUAAAAUGUGAUUAAUAGGCUCACUCCAUUAUAACUAGUUAUUAUGACUAAGGAGUUAACUGAUAACAGUGAACAUACACACGUCAAAUCUUGAUGAAACAUUGUUUAAAACAAGCAAAUCCAAAUAAUACUUAAACAGCAACUUGGUUUUUAAAUACCACUUCAGUAACCAUACACAGCUGAAACCACAUAUUAACUUUUUUCUUCUCAUUGGCAAAAUUUAAUAUAAAAGUAUGAACAAAUCAAACAUUGUAAAAGCAAAGAAAGUUUGCUGAAGACUGCAUCAAGUUUGUCUUAAAAUAUAUAAGCAAAGAAACAAAUUUUAACAUAGUUAUUUCAUAGCUUAUGGCUGCCCACUUUGUUCACAUAUGAACCAGUUUACAUUUUCCUGAAAUCCAUAAAUGUGAUCAACUUUAUCACAUUAAGUCCAAAUAAAAUACACAUUUACGGAGAUAAUGUGAUUAAUUUGAUUUAACACAUCGAAAUAUUUCAGUGACAUUGCUCCGGCUGUGGGUGGCAGCAGUGUGCAGUUAUCGCGAGAUCCCUUGGAAUUCCCGGAGCUUGUGUGUGUUCACCUCUCCUCUCCUCCUUGCUCCACUGGGAAAGAAGAAAAUAAACCCGCUGCUGCUACAAGGAGGCUAGUUAUGGAACCGAACCUUUAAAUACUCGUUUUUCUCCGUUAUGACUGGCUAAGAAGUGGUUUGUCCGCCUGCAGUGUUUUUACCCGAGAGGAAAACAUUUUAACAUUUGGACCUUCAAACCCUCGGCGUUAUAAAAAAUAGGAAAAAAAGUAAAGUUGAAGAAGCGAACCCGAAGAGGAUUUCAGCAGCGUUGUAUCAGCUUGCUAGCCUCAACCGCUAACCGGGGGCUAAGGAGCACUGGAUGAACUUCGUAUGGAGCGACUGCUGCGGAUGGGUCUGGAGUUUUCUGCCUGACUGUAAGCCUUUCUUUGGGUUUGGAGCUCACGGAACGCCGCUUUGGUGAAUGGACUCUACCCGCCUGCAGUUCACGGGCAGCAAUUGCGCGAAUGCCGCUAUUGUGGUUUUCGCCAUCCCGCUAUUAAGCUUGCGAUCCACUGGGAAGCUAACAGGAUAUUAGCCUCCUUCUCCCCUCUUCUCUUUGUGGUUGCAGGCCAGGGACUGGAAAGCAUUCAUCACUGAGCUGGGUGCUGAGAAUGCUGGCUUGAUGGCAGCUAAUUAUUUAUCCGGAAAGCAGCAACUGGAUACAGUUUAAGCGGCGAAAAGGAAACGUUUGUUGCGGAUGCUGAAGUCCCGAAACUGCGUUUGUUACUUGAAAAUGCGUCGGAGCGCUGGAGCUUAUUCCAACUCGGGAUAAGGGGGGGUGGGACACACAGGAGAACAGCGGGAUUACAACUUCAAGGUCUUUGGGAAAUUAAGCUAACCCCAGUUCGUAUUUUGUUUUUUUCAAUAAGUGUUAAAAUAUAAUGUCUGCCGCGAAGGAAAAUACUUGUAGGAAAUUUCAAGCGAACUUCUUCAAUAAAAGUAAAUGUCAAAACUGCUUCAAACCGAGGGAGCUGCAUCUGCUGACCGACCAGGACCUGACCCAGGCCAAGCCUAUUUAUGCUGGAUGGCUGUGCUUGGCUCCUGAGGGAACGGACUUUGACAAUCCGAUGCAGAGAUCCCGGAAAUGGCAGCGGAGAUUCUUCGUGCUGUACGAACAUGGCUGCCUGCGCUUCGCCUUGGACGAGUCGGUGAGUGAAAACUCCUCCCACUUUGGGUUUGUUGAAGCAUCAAGCUGGCUCAAGCUUUGGGUUGUUGAUUCUCUACGGUGAUGAUAUCAAAGUGGA